GAGCCGCGGGCGCCGGCGGAGCGCCGCCUGGGCGACUAGGCCGCAGUUGGUGCCUGCCCGCCCGCUCUCCACCCAGAGCCACGGAGCGAUGGUCAAUAAGGGGCCCGGGCCCGGCUCGGGCGUCAGGGGCGGCGGGGACGGCCAGGGUCCGGGUUUGGGGGCGACAUACAGAUUUGAGGAAGGAAGAGAGAGAUUCAGAGAGAGAGAGAGAGAGGAGGCGGAAAGAGACGAGGAAGGAAGGACCGGUUUGGAAAAAGGAUGGAGGCUCUGAAGGCUUCCUUUGGGAGUUCGAGCCCAGGUUUGUCCUGUUCAGUUCCUUCUUCUGUGAUUCCGGCAGUGGGAAGCUUUUGGUUGGUUCUUUAUCUUCUGAAGAUCAUGACUUUGACCCUACAGCUGAAAUGUUGGUACAUGACUAUGAUGAUGAGAGAACUCUUGAAGAGGAGGAAAUGAUGGAUGAAGGGAAAAAUUUCAGUUCUGAGAUUGAGGACUUGGAAAAGGAAGGAAGCAUGCCCUUAGAAGACUUACUGGCAUUCUAUGGCUAUGAAUCUGCAAUUCCUGUUAUAGCAAGUUCCAGUGCAGACAGUUCCCCAAGUGAACUUGCUGAUGAACUUCCAGACAUGACUCUGGAUAAAGAGGAAAUAGCCAAAGACCUUUUGUCAGGGGAUGACGAAGAAACACAGUCUUCUGCUGAUGAUUUGACACCAUCAGUUACUUCACAUGAAACCACAGACUUUUUCCCUCGACCUUUAAGAUCAAACACAAUAUGUGACGGUGAUAAAGAAUCAGAUGGUGAAGAUGUUGAAGUGGAUACUGGUAACUCAUCUGAAGAUUUGCGAAAAGAAAUAAUGAUUGGCUCGCAGUAUCAAGCAGAAAUUCCACCUUAUUUGGGUAAAAACUGUGAUAAUGAUGAAAAGGCUUAUGAAAAUGAUGAUCAGCUACUUUGGCAGCCUGAUGUGAUUACAGAGAGUAAAGUUAAAGAGUACCUUUUUGAAACCUCUUUAAGAACUGGAAAUGAAAAAGUGAUUGGGAGAAUUCCUGAGGGAAUACAUACACGAGAUAAUGAACAGGCACUCUAUGAGCUCUUCAAAUGUAACCACAACAUAAAAGAAGCAAUUCAGAGAUACUGCUCAAAUGGAAAAGCGUCUCAAGAGAUGACAGCUUGGACAGAAGAAGAAUGUAGAAACUUUGAACACGCACUUCUGAUUUAUGGGAAGGAUUUUCAUCUCAUCCAAAAAAAUAAGGUGAGGACUAGAACAGUUGCUGAAUGUGUAGCAUUUUAUUAUAUGUGGAAGAAAUCAGAACGAUAUGACUACUUUGCUCAGCAAACAAGAUUUGGAAAGAAGAGGUACAACCACCAUCCUGGAGUGACGGACUAUAUGGAUAGAUUGGUAGAUGAAGCAGAAGCUCUUGGUGGAGCUGUCCAUUCUUCAGCCAUAACCUCAAAUAGCAGAUCGGAGCCUAUUCCUGACCAACAGCUAAGUAUCCUGAAUUCUAUCACUGCCAAUGAUUUGACAGCGCUGACCAACAGUGUUGCCACCGUCUGCCACUCUACAGAUGUGAACUGCUUAGAUGAUGCCUUCCCACCUCUGGAGAGCUUGCCCCGAACAGCAGUUAAUCAUGUGCCUGUUGUAACAGAAGAUUUGCUUAACCUGCCCAGUAAUGGCGAAAGUGAUUGUUUUAAUUUAUUUGAGACUGGGUUUUAUCACUCAGAGUUAAACCCAAUGAACAUGUGCAACGAGGAGUCUGAAAGGCCUGCCAAGAGACUAAAAAUGGGAAUUGCAGUCCCAGAAUCCUUCAUGAAUGACGUCUCUGUAAACAACUUGGGGGUUGACUUUGAGAAUCACACGCAUCACAUUACCAGUGCCAAAAUGGCAGUCUCAGUGGCUGACUUCAGUUUAUCUGCAAACGAGACCAACGGCUUCAUCAGUGCCCAUGCGUUACACCAGCACACUGCCCUCCACUCAGAAUAAGUCUUAUCUGGAAAGAAGAGAUGGUGGACCUCGUUGGCAGUUUAUAGUAAACUUGACGAUUAUGGUCAGGUUUGCUUAGUCUUUCACUGGAAGUUUGAACUAUAUGACAUCAGUGAUGUCUUUAUGUACAGAACUAUAUCUUGAUUUAUCAAGAGUAAUUUCACUUUUUUCCCAGUCCAUAAAUGUGGAAACUUCAUACAUGUUUAGCAGAGUUUGGGGACUAAAAGAACUCUGUGAUGCAGCUUUAAGCUCUGCUUCCUCUUUCUUUCUAAACCUGUAGACAGAGACUGCUGUCUCAAAACCAGCACAGAAGUUCAGAACUGAUUGGAGUGGCUUUUUAGUCUAAGUUGCUUCUGCUUAAUGGAUGCAGUGGAAUAGUGAUUGUUUACAGGUACCAGUCCUGAUCCCUGCUCAAUGUAGCAUUUAAAAAAAAGCAGGGAAAGGUUUCCUUAAUUUAAACUGCACAAACACACAAGGAUAUUUUUAAACAGAACCUUCUCUCAUCCAAUAUUAAAUCAGAGCACUUCAGUUUACAAAACCACAAGUUGAUGAUGGCACAAGGGAAUGUAGGAGCAAAGUCUGAAGACACACAUGGAUGCUCUUACCAAAUUACAGGCCAUGGCUACCUUUUACAGAAAACGCUGUCCAAAGUUUAUUUUUUUGUGUACUUCAAUAUAUUGGCUCAAAUGGUGUGGGAUAUUGUUCCAGGGGCAGGGACAGGUUUGUCUGUAUUUCUGAGGAGUGCAAUGUUGAGACAAAACCAUCAAACAUAAUGUAACUUAUUCGUAAGGCCACUAAAAGAUAAUGGUACAGUCUGCACAGUGUAGGAUUUACCACUGAUGACUUUCACCUGGGGACUCGCCUUAAGUUCAGAGCACUGCAGUUCAAAAUAUUAACGGUAUGAAUGACAGACUCACAGAUGGUGAUAACGCAGUAGGGCUUUGAAGCCAUAACUGUAUUUUAAAGUGUGAACAUAUAUUUACAUAUAUGCACACAUAUAUGUAGGUAUACAUGCAUAUUUUCUUCCUGAAUAGAUAAAGGGCCAAGUGCAUUUUAUAUUCCAGAAAGACUUGGCUAAGGAUAUUUUUUUGCUUGGGAAAACCUUCACAGACAAAGAUUUGGGAGAGGCCACUAGAGCAUUGGCUCUGUUACAAUAUUAAUCAAAAGGUAUUAGUUAUCUGUCCUGAAUGGGUCAUGUUUAUAUAAAAAUGCUGAACAUUCUUACAGUACAGUUGAAAUGCAGUAAAACGUGUCUAGUUUUGCACUUGGCAUUAUACAUAAAUAAUUUUCUUUAAAUAGAUUGCUUUUUUAAAAAAGAAAAAGGGUAAACUUCUCAGUGUUUCAAGUAGUGAUUUUGUGGUUGCACAGCAUUACUAGAAAGCAGAUGCCUUAGUUAAUACUUCAAGGGAGGGUAUUUAUUCGAUAUACUGUGAACUGCAUUGUCAUCCUGAGUUUGAGAUGCAGCGUUUAGUGCCGUGAGCUCCUUGCAGCAUUGUUAGAUGGCUUGGGAGAGUUCCACACAAGAAGAGCACAUUUCACCAUUUUGGGAACAGCUUUUAACGUUGUGGGCAAAAGUUGUUGUCAGCGAGCUUUUCCAAACCAUUCAGCUCAAUCUGUCCUGAUAAGUACACAGUCAAUGAUGGGUAGCCUUGGCCCUGUGUCAGAUUCUGACACUUUUAGCCAAAUUGUCAGCUUCUUUUCUUGUUGCUGUGAUUUGUGCUCAACUCUGUACUUUUUAAAUAUUUGUUCUUGAAUCAACACAUCUGCCAUUUUGUAAGAUAACUGGCCAUAUUUUCUUUAAUUUUUUGUUGAUACAUUCAAGUUAUGGGUUUACAGUGGCUGGUCUGUAUAAAAAUCAUUACACAAAAAAUGUCUGAAUGCUUAUAAUGCCAGUUGCACUUAAAUGAACUCACCCAUUCUCAUUAGCUGAUGCAGUACUAUGUUCAGUUUAUCUAUGCAUUGCUGGGGUCUUAAUGAAGACCGAGACAGUCUAGUUUCUCGUCUAAAGUUUUGAUUGUCAGCAAGUUGAAUGGACACUUUAGUUAUUUAAUAAAGACUUUUGACCAAAAUUCUGAAAAUGGUAUGAGAGAACAAUGAAUUCUGGCUAGUUUUAAUAGAUUUUUAAUUGCUGAUCUAAUUUAGCCUAUUGGCUAGCUAGCUGGUAAUGUUUACUUUUAAUUCCUUGUUAAAAUGAGGCAAUAAUUUGCAAGAUUAUGUAAAUAUGUACAUUCUGCAUAUCUUUUUAGAUAUCUAUUUCAAUAUUUUCUGACUACUUCUGUGUAUAGUAACAUUUUGUGCAUGCUUGAUGUGACAUUCAUACAUUUGUACCACUAUGACUUUAUUCAUGUAAAAUAGCUAUUUAUUGAAUUUCUUUUAUUUUAAAAGCUGGACUUAACCUGUUCUUUUUCUCUACUUUAAACAUUUUAUGGAGAAAUUGUUACUGUUUAUUAAAAGAAUUGGGUUUGAGGGUCGGUAUGAAGGUGGCCGUAUUGAAAGUAUGUGAAGAAAUCUGAAUUGCCUUGAUUUUUAGUGGGUAAAGCACAAUUCUUCUAACAAACUGUGAUGACUUCUUUGUUCAUUGCUUAUAUUCCUCCCUGCCUCCCAUAAAAACAAACCAAAAAUUCAUCGUGGGCAAAUGCAGUUUUGUAGGUGUAUCACUUAACUACAGGGACUCUGAAAAAGAUAGCUAAUUCACUUAGAAAUGUAUCCGGUGCUGUGCUUAGAGCAAUACUUCUACUUUUGUUAGCCAUUCAUCCUCUCACUGGUAGCUUUCAAAGUGUUUAUUUUUCCUCUUGGUGUGUUUCUUCUUGCUAAAUUUUACUUGAAGGCUGUACAAUACCAUCUGAAGUAUACUGAAUUGUGUACAAGUAGGGUGAUUUCUGCAGCUUUCCUCUUUCAAACCAAGUCAAAGCCUUUGUUAAUUUCAGAUCCAAUAGUGUAUUAGUGAUACUAUUUAAUUUAACCAAAGUCUUUAGUGAAUAUUUCAAGUUUGAAUGUAAGCUAGUGGAUAAACUGACCAUUAGAAGACUGUUUGCCCAGUGUUAUAAGCACAUUGUCUAUAAAUGGGAACUAAAUUGAUAUGGUAUCAUGGCUAUAAUUUUUCCAUGGAAGAAUGUUCCAGUUAUUGUUUGAGGUCCUGUGGAGGACUGCAACCCUCCCAGAAGCAACCGGUAAUUCCUUCCAGUCAUUCCUAGGUUCAGUUUGGUAUCUCCUGUGCGUAACGACCGAAAUUAGUGACAAUCGCAACAUUUUAGUAUCUGACACCCAAAAGGAAGUUGCUAUUGUUGCAUUGGUUUUAAUAUUUGUACAUAAACACUGAUUUUUUUGAACAUUAUUUUGUAUUUGUUGUAUUUUAAUACCUGGUGUACAGUUCCAGAAAUAAAUGUCUGGAAACCCUU